AGAGAGAGAGAGGGCCACGGUAAUUUGCAGAGGCAGUGGCAUGCAAAUUCUGAGACCCACAAUCCCACAAUCACACAAUCAUCAAAAGUAGAGGUAGACAAAUUGCUAAAGUAGUAGGAAACACCAGCCCCAUGAGCCAUCGCCUCUUUAACUUUCACUCUUUUUGGGGGGAGGGGAAUCCUUCCGGUAAAUUCUUGAACUUUACAAAUUAAAGAGCCACUACCACUCUAAUUAUUAUCCCACCCUGCAAGUCUUUGUUCGGUGGUUCCCUUGAUGCUUGACACCGGGGCUCCCGUUCAAUCAUUUUAGCCACCUGUGGGCUUAAAAAGAAAAUGAGAUAAGAGAUGGGUUUCCAGUGAGCUCUCCGAUUACUGCUUCCUAUUCUUUGGUCUUUUUCUGGAGGAAGUAAAAAUGAACUCGGGGUUCCUUGAGUCAACAUAAAAACACAGCUUUCUAGUUUUCGUAUCCGUGUGUUUACAAGGUACCAAGGCUGUUUUGGAGAAGAAGAGUUUUGUUGUCAAAGAAGCAGUUCUUAAUUUCUCGGGAUUUUAUUCACUUCUAUAAAGUUCGAGUGACUCUAAUAAUCCACCGGGCUUCAGUGUAUUUUUCAUUGUAAAUGCCCCAUCUUGAGUGAAUAUUGCUGCGAAUUCUUCUUAAAUAUGGCUGAAAUUAGACUUACAAGGGUAGAACAAGGCCAGACGAAGAUCAGAAAUGUCCCAAUUGCAGUGACCCCGGAAGGUUUUUGGUGUUGUCCUUCUCCAGUUGGGUUUCAAAAGACCCUCAAAGCUCAAAACCCUCUAAACAAACCAAAACCCUCCUCACCACCACCCAAGACCACUGUCACCAAGAAACAGACCCCAGUAACUGAAAGAAAGCCAACAUUCACCCCAUCAAGACCAGAUCAGCGAACCUUUGUCCCUGAUACACCCGGCCUGAGUGCACCUGUGGCUGCUGAAAGAGCACCAAGACCCAAAAUUGAAAAUUUGCCAAGGAAGGUGGCAAUUGAGUUUGGUGAGCCUGGAACCAGUGAUAUGAAGGUGAUUUUACUUGGAAAGCAGGGGUUUUGUGUGAAAUUGAGUGUUCAUAAGAAUGUUCUAGUGGAGAAUAGCCGUUAUAUUGCAGACAAGCUUUCUCAACCACAGUCUGGUACGUCAUCUCUUGAAAUUGAGGAUUGUGAGGAUGUUGAGAUAUAUGUUGAAACUGUGGGACUAAUGUAUUGCAAAGAAAUUAAGCAACGACUGAUCAAGCAAAGUGUCUCUCGCGUACUCCGCAUUCUUAAGGUUGCAGAACUACUUGGCUUCAACUCUUGCAUGCAGUCAUGUUUAGAAUACUUGGAAGCUGUCCCUUGGGUUGGCGAAGAAGAAGAAAAGGUGGUUUCUUCUGUCCUACGACUCCAGGGUGAGGGUAUCGGUGUCACCCCAGUGUUGAAGCGAGUUUCUUCUGAUGCCUCCAAACAACCUAAAGACACACUUUCACAAAUAAUUGACCUCGUUCUCAAAAGCAAUGAGGAGCGAGGCCGAAGGGAAAUGAAAUCAGUAGUGCUGAAGCUUCUUAGGGAGAAUAACAGUCUCCCAAGCUGUGCAGGUUCAUCUGAUAUCUUCAAUGAAACCGUUUAUAGCUCAUGCAAAAGCUGCUUGAGUUCUCUUUUGUCUUUGUUUAGGCAUGCUGCUGAACCAGGGUUUGCUGAUAAACCUAUGGACUACAGAGAACCUGUAGUGAAGCAAAUAGCUCUAGAGGCUGAUAACCUUUCAUGGUUGGUCGAGAUUUUAGCUGACAGGCAAGCGGCAGAUGAAUUUGCACUAUUGUGGGCUGGCCAGCAAGAGUUGGCUUCACUACAUUCAAAGCUGCCCAUUGUGUCUCGUUAUCAUGUUAGCUGCAUUACAGCAAGGCUAUUUGUUGGCAUUGGAAGAGGCGAGCUCCUGCCAUCAAAGGACACCCGUCAAUUGCUAUUACAAACCUGGUUAGAACCAUUGAUUAAUGACUACAGCUGGUUACAACAUGGGUGCAGAUCAUUUGAUAGAAAGGUUGUGGAGGAAGGAAUUGGGAGGACAAUCCUCACCCUGCCUCUAGAGGAGCAGCAGAGCAUAUUGCUUUCUUGGUUAGGAAGUUUUUUGAAGGCUGGUGAUAACUGCCCAAAUCUUCAGAGAGCCUUCGAGGUCUGGUGGCGGAGGACAUUCAUCAGGCCUUACGUUGAAACUCCAGGUAAUAAUUUCCAGUCAGAUAGCUCAAUGACAUCACCAGUAAUAACCCUGAAGAAACAACCGCACGAGUGAGAGCGAACUCAACUACAGAGGGAUUAUAUUUCAAAGCCUGUGUCAAUACCAACUGAGGAGUUUAUGAGAACCGAAGAGUGAUGAUUGGAACUCUCUUUAGUGUUUAGAAAGGGCAGAUUUAGCAGCUAAAAAAUUUGAAAAAAUAAAGUUCAGAACUUCAGAUGUUGCAAAUCUCUUGAGAAUCAAACUGGCGCCAUGACUUGGGUUUAUACUGCUUCGUGCAAAAUCUUUUGACUAAUGCUCUGUGGAUUGAUUUGGUGGAUAAUGGGUUUAUGGAUUGAAAGGAAUGUAACUGAAAGUAGUUUGCUUCAUGUGAGUUUAUUUUUUUUUCUGAAUGUAUCCAGACAGAGUGAUGCCUUUCCUUUUUUCCCACAAUACUUGUUCGUGUUAGAGUACGUAGAUGUUCACAUUAUUAUCUAUUUGUGAAGUUUAUCCGAGUCUUCAAUGAUGACAUGACAACUGAGCAAAUGUGAUGACUGCAGUUACAUAUUA